CGGAACAAUAUUUGAUCACAAUUUUCACCCCACCCAAACGGGAAGUUUUGUUUUUUAAGAUGGUUGAUGUUUAUUUCCUCUUCAAUGGCGAGUUGUUUGGUGUACUUUCUUUUGUUUAUGUUCUACGCCACACGUGUGUCAGGGGUCAGCACGACGCUCGGGAAAUAUUUUGUCCUCCAGUUCCCGCCCUCCUCGGCCACGGUCAAGGUCGGCGACACAAGGCUGCUGGCCUUCACCUUGGCGAAAGAAAAUGUCGAUGUUAAGGUCAGGACGCCGUACGUCGUGAAAGGAAAGAUCGAGAAAACUUUGGUCAUUUCUAGGGGCAAGGUGGAGCAGGUCACAUUAGGGGACAACUUUAGGAUGAAGGUAAGCGGUAAAUUCUCCACCGUGACACUGACCAGUUCCGGCACGUUCGGCGUGUGUGUGCAGCUCUACCCUGCCGGCACAGACAUGGAGACCUUCCAGGCCCUGCCGGUUGCCGGCUUCGGUCUGACCUACAUCGCCCUCACGUUAAGCCUAAGCCCCUCCAUCGUGAUCGUUGCUGCUGACGUCACUGACGUGGACAUCCGCCUCAACAUGCCGGGCCGGAAGUUCACGAUGGUGAUCCAGGGGCAAAACUACACGCAUGGCGCCGUCAUCAAGGUCACUCUCCGGAAGGAGGAGUCCUACUUUAUCCAACAAUGUCAGCAACAGAUGUCAGAUGACGAGGAUUUAACAGGCACCAGACUGACGGGAACGAAACCUAUCGGCGUUAUCUCCGGCAGCUGUAGCGGCAGGACGUUAACCCCAGACUGUAAGAGUAACGUCACGUCACGCGGCGUCUUCGCUGAAAUGCUGAUGCCGCUUGAGACUCUGGGCACAGAUUUCAUCUUUAUCGACACCAUCGGCCGGAAAACUCGCGGCUACGUCAUCGUGCUGGCGUCACAAGACAACACAGCCGUCACCGUGUUUGAUGACGUCUCGCCCGACACGAUCAUCAUUGAGCUAGCGGGCUCUACAACUGCGCUGACGACCUACAAGCGGAAGCCGCGAAAGAUGAUCUGCGACAAGCCAGUGGCCUGCUUCUACGUGCUGACGUCAAACUGUGGCGUCACAGAGACUGACGGUGACGCCGCUGUCUCCAUCUUAGUUCCGACAACUCUCUUCUACAACCUGUAUAUGUGGAUAUCUCUGUAUGACAAGGACCGGACGUUGACCAAUUACGUCACACUGGUCAUACUGCUCAAGCACAAGAACUACCUGACGCUGGAUGACGCAGCUCUAGACAAAAGUGUAGUGUGGACCGAGGUCCAGGGCGCCUCCCUGUGGGGCGUGGGUAACCUGAAGGUGGGCUACCACUACCACCGCGCCUACGCCCUCACUGACGUCACGUUUGGCUGCUACGUGUACGGUGUGGCUACCUCCAUCAGCUACAUGCAGCCCGCAGGCUACAUGGCGGCCUUCAUCAAUAAGCCGUGCAGCACGAGCCAGAUGACAGACGGAGAUCUGAUGGACAACGACUGCGACAUGGUGGUGGACGAGGAACUACGUAACAACAUUGAUGACGACCACGACGGCUCGGUCGAUGAAGAUCUGGCCACAGAGGCGUGUACACUCAACAACGGGAGCAACUGCCACCCCAAGAUCACAAAACCCACAGUUCGUACAACCACAGGACCAGCCAGUACACCCUCACCCGGCGCAGACUGCCCGAGGGGUAAGUACGGUGCCAAGUGUAAGCGGGACUGCAGCAAGUGUGACCCAGAUUGUGACAAGACCACAGGCAAAUGUCGCAGGUGCUUCAGUGGAUGGAGGCAUCCAGAGAGAUCCUGCAAGGAUGGUGAGUGUCACGUGGUACCCGGCGGUAACGUCAGGUGGUAG